AGAGGAUCUCUGAUGCAGAUGCUGGCAAGAUGUUGCUUUGGGGCGACAUAACAACCCAGAGACUAGUAUCUGACAUCACAGACGUCCUCACAGACCCCAAGUAUGCAAAAGCAGCCAAAAAAAGGUCAGCCAUAAUGAAAGACAGGGAAGAAGAACCAGCAGCAAAGGGCGCCUUCUGGAUAGAAUACGCCAUCCGAAACCACGGGGCGCCACACUUACGGUCUGCUGGAAGAUUCCUUCCCUGGUACCAAUACUACAUGCUGGACGUCUACGUGGUCAUCUUUGUCGCUUUUUAUUUGCUUUUCUUCAUUUUCAAAACGAGUAUUGUUCUGAUGAUUAAAAUAUGCGGGAAAAUUGUCCCGCUGUUGAAAGAAAAGAAGGAGUGAAUAAAGUUGUGGAAGGAUUCA